AUGCGGACCGCCCAGCCGGGGCUGGAGAGCCCGGCGCUCACCUCCGACCACCGCCAGGAAGACGGGAAAAGGCCGGCGACGGAGCUGGGGCCCCAGGGGCAGGGCCGGAACCCCACGGGAAAACCCCAGCCAGAGCGCCGCGCCCGGGAAGAGGCCCCAAGCGCGGGGAAACUGAGGCACGGAACUGCGCCCACGGCCCCACGGGCCCCCCCCACCACGGGGGCCACAGUCCCUGGGCGCCGCGCGCCGCCCCCGCUAGCGGGGCCCCAGCCCCGGGACCACGGCCCCGUGCGCGCCCAGGCCCGCAGCCCCCGUCAGGCCCGCCGGGCCCGGAACCCGCGGCGGGCGCCCGCGACCCCGCCGCCGCCGAGGGCUCCGCCGCGCAGCCCGCGAGAACCCCCCGCCGGCCAGGGGCUCCCCGCACCUACCCUGCGCACGCCGCCGCCGGAAGCGCCCCCGAGCCGCGCGCCGCCGCCGCGCUCGCCGUCUGAGCUCCGCCCUGACAGCAGCAGCGAGGUGACACGCCCGUCCUGGACGCGCAGUGCCUGCCAGCGUGGACGUUCCCGCCUCCUCCCCCAUGGGAACGUGGAUGAGCUGUAG